UUCCAGUCCGCUAGAUGGCAGUAAAACAAAUGAUAAUUUGUUAUGUCUUCAGUUGGACGGAAACCAGUCGACGCAGAGAAGCAAACAUGUCUGAGUAUGUGUCUGUCCAGAAAGGCUCUUUAAAACUAAAAGGAGUCUCUUUGGCAAGUAAAAAAAAGAAGAAGAAGGAUCAGGAAAGGAAACACUUAGAGCAGCAGGUGUUGACCACUCAAAAUGAGGAGGGAACUAAGAAAGGAUAUGUUGACAAGAGAACACCAGCUCAGAUGGCAUUUGACAAAUUACAAGAGAAAAGGCAAAUGGAGAGAAUUUUGAAGAAGGCCUCCAAAACCCACAAGAGAAGAGUUGAGGAUUUCAACAGACAUCUGGACAAAUUAACGGAGCAUUAUGACAUUCCCAAAGUCAGCUGGACAAAAUAAAUAACAUCUAUGGAUUUUCUACGGAUCUGGUUGCAGGCAGAGUAAAAGUAGCUGCCAAUGUCGCAAUGUAUGCUUUUUUUUUUUAAUAUAUAUUAUUCUAUUUUUUUGCUUUCUCACAAUGCAGUAAUAUGACCAACUCAGUUUUAAUGUGAUGCUGUUCUUUGUGAUGCUCAGUAGAUUUCCUUCUUUUGAGUUUGUAGAAAAUGUGUUCACCAUUGAUUGGAAGCUUUUGAUUGACUUUUACACAUGUUCCUCAGUAAGCCUCCACAUGUGUGCCUGCAGCAAGCAGUAUAUUUUGUAAAUUGUUAGUUAUUCUGAAGUAUCUUUUUCGGGGUUCUUUUUUCUUCUUUAAACCCCUUGUAAAAUUAAUGUAAGACAACAUUUACUUUGGUGUUUAUGGAAUGUUUUUUUGGUGCAUGUUUUGCAUUGAUUGCGUUCUGUAGUACUAAUUGAUUCUGUUCUUUAAGACCUCUAUUACCAAAUAUACUGUACAUCCAAAGUUUUUAUUUGUUCUUAGUAUUCCUUAAGAUUUUUUAACUAUAUACUGUUAUAUAUGUAUGUGCAAUACACAAACUGGUUUUUAGGUUUAGGUUCUGACAGUUUGUUUUGCCAUCUGGUUAUAGUUUGCUUUGUAAUUACCAGCGUGUUAUCUUGAAAAAGAUAAAGGGUAGGACAUUGUAGAUUUUGUUCUGAUGUCUUGAAGAAUUAUGUUUUUUAUUUUUUUAUUCCGUUGCCUAUAAAUGGAUUGCAAAAUAGUUCAGUACAAGCAGGUGGCAAUGUUGGUUUAGGAGUGACUGAACAAUACCAAAUGGAUUGACUUGUGGGCCAGUACGGAAUUGCAUCCUACCAUAAUACUCUUACCAUUUCUGCCAUAGACAGAUGUUGCAGUAGUAUGGGCAGUAUGCCAUUCCAAACUCAGCCAUGGAAUCUAAAAGAUCAUUUGUGGACAUUUAUUAUUAUUAUUAUUAAUUUUUAUGGUGGUCAUCAAAAAAUAUGUGGAAGUUGGCUGCCUUGAUCUUUGAUCUAAUAGAGUUGUUGCCCACUGGUCAACCAAACACUGGUGAGAUUAACUUUACAAGUCCUAUUUAAAGAAGAAAAUACAAUAAUGUGACCAUGUUCAUUUUACACCACUAGGUCUCUUCUCUCUACAUUCUGUAGCUUAUGUGGUCUUUACAGUUGGUAAAAGUAGCAUAGAGAUGUACGAAUCACAAACAAACCGCUCACUUUAUUAUAAUCCGUUCCUUUAAUUGAAGCGAUCCAUGCGAAUGGCAAGUAAAAAGCCUGCCUAAACCGAAUUCUUUUUAUCGUUUGAUGAUCUUCCGCAAGUUAUAAAUGGGUGUACGAUGUUAACGAUCUAAAUUAUGACUUCUGUCAAUAAAAAUGGAAAGGUUA